AUGGACCCGCAAAGCCAAGCGUUCACUCCAUCAUACAGCCAGUCCACCGACAACUGGCGCAUACAGAACGACGUGAAUAGGAUAUCGCAGAUACAAGCUGAACACGCCGACCGCAUUGUUAGAUUGGAACGCCGGCAGGACGAGGAUGCGCGCGUGAAGAGCGUGUGGGGCAAUAGUUCGCCGUUUCCCAGUGUCCUGAGUGGUACACCUCAGCAAGCGCCUCUCCAACAGCCCACGGGUGAUCAAUUCCGCAGCUUCGACGACGACACAUCCAACCUGAUGAGCAGCCUCCACCUCGACGCCGAAGACGAGCCUCGCCGAGGCACAGGCGCAAACUCCAGGGCUAACAGCGUGCGGUUCGAUGAAUCUGCAAACCAAAACCACUUUUCGCAUUCGACGCGGCCGUCGGUCGACUUUCUCUCACGCACGAGCAGUGGUCUGGGCGGUCUGCAGAUGAACGAGCGCACUUCGUCGCACAAGUCGGAGGGCCGCGCAAGCUCGGCGCACUCGAUGCGCUCUGCCGCCUCGGGUCGUGCGAACAGUCUCAACCUCGACACGGCAGCGUAUGGUCUGAGCGAUCGGUCACCAUCGGAAAUGCCUGGACUUGCGCCUGGAUUGAUGCUACUGGGAGCUGUUCCUGCGAUUAUUCGAUGCUGGAUGAACACCAACUUCAAGCAUGACGCUCUGCUCUACGCUGCAGUCUGCACAGGCUCGUACAAGUCGUUUCUUGAUUCGCGGUUGAUCCAGAAACUUGGCUUUGAACAGGCCAUUCGCACCGAAGAUGAUGGCACUCGCACAGCCAAGCUGCCAAUCUUCUUUCCUGAAGCAGUGCCGCAUCCAUCAUCGUCGAGAUCCAGCAGUCCAGCGCCAUCUCUUCCAGCUUUGGUGGUUGAGUUUCGUGUGUAUGAGGGGACUGCCGAAAGCGAGGAGAGCAAAGCUAUUCAGAUCUUCCUGGGCAGCGACACUUUACGGAUGCACAACGCAGACAUUCUCUUUUCAUCAAACAGCAUGACGUUGUUCGACAAUGAGCGCAACAAGCUCAGUAUACCGCUCGCUCGACCAGAGAACGAGGCGACUUUCAACUCAUUGACCAUCACAACUGGCGCCACAAUUGCAAACGACACACCUGAAAAGACCGCGCACCCGGUCAAAGAGCAGCCGUACUUGAAUGGGCUUGGUCAAGCCAGUUCAGCGGCUUCAGUCUCAUCUACCACUACGAGUCCUCCUCCUGGCACCGGCAAGUAUCGGCCACCCGGUGCUAUCGCUGCUGAGAGCGGCAGUCUGGAUUCCGCAAAGGCUGGUGCUAAUGGAUCUGACAAGGAGUCACGGCCACCAAGUCGGCAGUCUAGUGCAUCACGACCAUCACUGACUCUGCUCAACACCCGAUCCGAACGCGAGGAAACUCCAACGGAAUCGGGAUCACAAACAGCGACACAGCGAUCAGCUACUACUGGUUCACCUGCGAUUUGGAGCAAUUGGCGUAGCACGGCUGCAACUGCACAGCCCAGUGUCCCGGAUUGGGCGACUGCAAGCAGAAAUCGCGAGCAGUCAUACCAACGCAAGGACACGGGCAUCAAAGUGCUGAAGCCAAAGACGGCCACUCGGACAUUCUCGUCGACAGCAGCAACGCCUUCUAGCAGUACAGCGAGUCCGGCAGAUGGCAAGAGCAGGUUCUUCGACGAAGGCAGGCGACGCAGCGUGAAUGACAGCCAGACGUCGAAGCCAGCUACGAAGGAGAAUCAGGCGUCUGGUGCAGCGGCUCCCAAGACCAAGGCGAAUCCCAUAGGCGGGGCUUCUGCGUUUUCCUGGUUGAACUCUGGUGGACCGAAGUGA